UUCGUCUCUGGUUGUGAUCAUAAAAUGCCUUCACAUUACGCUACACCGACGAGUAAGGAACAAAAUUCACUGGAGGCCCCUUAUCUAAAUAAAUUGCAAGUUCUCUUCAGCUAAAUUUAAAUUUGAAAUAUUCAUUAGAUCGUUUUAACAUGUACAUGUGAAGGUUACAUUCAAUAGCUCACCUCGAAUUUCCUGUUUGGGCUUCUAUUUUUAUGAAAGGAAAUUCGCUUCAGUAACUCUUGGUUGACGCACUUUUAAAUUGCGUAUCACCGGUCAGGUGACUCAGGAAUACGUCAUGUCGGUCCAAAGGAAAGACUUGAGGGGCAAUGAAAAGAGAACAAAGAAAUGUUUCAUAGAGGUCGAAAAGUGCUUGAUAUCAGUGCCCAAAGGAGGCAUAGAAGUGUUAAAAUGUGUUUGCUCAAUCCUGCAAGUCUGGCGUAUCUUAGGCUCUGAAUUAUAAACGUUCUUGUGGAAAACCAAACAAAAUGUAUUAGUACGUGCCGGUCGAACUACACAACCUGUGGUAACCAUGGUGAUCGAUGCUGAUUAACCGGAUGAUUACACAUACGCAGGCUCAUACAUCACUCUCCUUUCAUAGAAAGCACUCUAACAUUAGCAGCUCAACGGUGAAUCUUGGAGACUGAAUCGAGGAUUAAAAAAACUAGCUUGAAAACCCGACUGCUGAGAGAAAGGAAGGCGGAUUCUGAUCUUGUCUUGUUACAGGUAAGGUUAAGCAAUCAUGUAAUUGUGAUUGCUAGCUUUUUCAGGCUAGCCUAAGAGCUACUCCAACUGAAAGUUAAGACUCUUUAAAGCUGAACUUUCCCAAUGAAUCAUUCGGUUGUAAUUUCAUAGUUGUUUGUAAUUUUCGAUGGAGUAUUAACAAGCAAACCACAACUGGUAAAAUGUGAAUUCUGUCUUGUAACUUGCACCGCGUAAAACAUGCAUGCCUUAUAAUAGGAAAUGAACAAUUCUGAUAGUCGUGGUUUAUGGUGUUGCAGAUGCCACGAUCUCCCCUCCACGAUGCAAAUUAGCAAGUGGACUGUAGGCCCUUUAGUUAAGGCCAAUACAGCGGCGGCUCUUUCAAACGAGUAACAAGAUCGUGCGCUCAUAUAUCAGCUACAUACGGAAGAACUUGCUCUCGCGACUGAACGGAAAUUUCGGUUAGAAACACCGAGAAAUAUCGAAUAUAUUCGAGCCAAGUACAUUGAAUUCCCGCACGAUCUUGAGAAAGCAAGCGCAAGUAAUUUUACUCCGUUGUCUUACCAACAAUAUUUUAGCCUCCGUGUAUUUUCAGCGUGUGAAGGAGAUAUAAAACUUUCCUUCAGCAUGAAAACCAUAGCGUGAAGACCCGGAAAUCCGUUCAGUGAAUACUGCCUGUCCCAACCACCAGCUAGAAAGUACCACCUUGCGCUGAGCAGCUCUUCUUAUUGCUCACUAUCAUUUGCAGUUGCAAACUUAAAACCGCUUAACAUGCCCAUAGUUUUAGUGUAAGUGAAUUACUUGUUACCAUUGCAUGCCUUACCUUGAGAUCCGGACUGAAGGAGAAUGUAAAGGGGUGUUUGACUUAGUUUCUUUCUUGAAAGUCAUCUUACCGUUUGCAUCUGGCACCGCCCAAAUGGAGACUCUCUUUUUACUGAAGUUAACGUAGGAGCUUUUGUUUAGAUGGGGUUUCUCCGGGCAAGUAAGUAAGAAGAGGAAGUUGGAGUUGUAUGCCCAUCCACAUAAAAGGAAAUGUUACAUUUCGAUUGAAUGAACUGGUCAUGUUCUUUUCCCCGGUUUGAUAAAAAGGAAAACAAAACAAAUGUAAUUCCUAAUUGCAAAAAAGGCUCCGUUUUAAUCUGGUUGAUGAGUUCGAUGGUUUUAUGAUGAUUCACGGUGACCGCACUGAAAAAUAGAAAAAUGUUUGAUUCCGUCUUCUUUUGACUUGCUUGCUGCAGAAAUGGAAAUGUUCUGUUUUGCCUUUUUUAGUUAACCUCUUGGCUGUUUGUUUUUUUUCUGUUGCAAUAAAUGGAGGACCAUGCUGUCAAUUGCGUAACUAAAGUGGAUUUAAAAAAAAUUUGGAAAGCUGUUAAAGAUGGCUUGUCCAGUGUGGUGCUAGAACCAGUCGACCCAUAAUGCUAAAUGGGAGUUAGUCAACCUCAUUAUAACGAUACUUCCCUAUCUCGUCCGUGUCAUAAAAAAAAACUAAGAACGUUCUAGACUGAACAGAGGUGGUAUAAUCACAAACAAACAGCCAAGCUGGUGAUUAAAAUGCUUUUCUCCGGUUUAAAAGUAGCUCAUUAUUAGGAAAAAGUCAUGAAAAAUUUUUGCACAUUCGUGAAUGGCAACCGAGUAAGAUGUACGUUCCAUUCUGUCUUAUUUCACUCUCAAGAUCCAAAUAGUAACUCUCCUUACUGUCUGCCUCAUGCAACGUUAGUUUCGAGCAUUUGGCCUUGGAUCUCAUAAUGAUACCCCAAGCGUUAUAUUUCCUUAUGAUUCUCAUCACCUUACGGCUUGAUAUUGUAUUGAUAUUGGAAAGAGAAAUCAUGUCUUGGUCAUUCCUGGGCGUGGAAGGGUGGAAGCAGUUAACGAUAUUUAUAGUCUGCAAUGUACAAUGAGAGUUAGUUCGUAUCUUUGACAUGGCAGUCUUCACUUUCAGAACUCAGAAUAAACUCGUUGCAUGUUUCAAUCCUAGAUCUCGUUAGUGUGAAUACGCCCAUCUACAGGUGUGUCAUGUGUUUACCCUUGGUGCGAUAAAAAUUUGUUUGUCGCGAUCGUAUGAUUUCAUCUCUGCGUGAGACUCCAGGUUGAACGCAAAAUUGGCGUGUCAUCAGAAAGCCGAUAUAAACGUAUGAUUUCCCCGACUAACCGAAAUUCGUUCCAGUCAGAAACACUCCAUCGCCGUCGGGCCAAGCAAUUCUCUGUCCUCUCGACCUGUUUUCCGGGAAGUACACUCCACACUUGAAAUAAACACCCUCAAAUUUCUUUACCUGCUUUGCAGAAAUCGUCACUGCGCUGAAAUAUGCCCUUGAUUUUGUUUCGAGAGGGUAGGUUGUUUUUUGAAGUUGCAGAUAGGUGCAAGGAGUCUAGACUUACCUCCUACAGUGACCUUGUGUGUAGCGUGAGUUUCAAACAUCCGCCUGGUAUUAAUGGUUUCCGCUUUGGUUUGACACUAUAGAAAAUAUUGUCAAGGUGUUCCCAAGCAAACAUGUGCAGACUUUGCGAUCAUACAAAGUGUUACAGUCAACUUGAAAGGCUAGAAGACGUUUCUUUUCCAGUUGUCCGAUUUAGCGAGAGUGGUGCGCUUAUGGUUCAUUUAAAAAUUGCAAGCGCUCGGCGACCCAUCGAUGAGAAUGGAUUGUCCUUUUCAAUAAAUUGUAUCGUUUUUUGUUUCGGUGUUUUUUUUCUUUUCUUUUGUUUUUUUUGGUGUCUGUUCCUUAGCUUCGGGUGAUCUAAAGUGAAAGACGAUAGUGCCGAAGAAAUAACUAAAAAAUAAAGUCUCCUUCCUAUUUUCUCCUUUCGUUUGUUAGGCGUUCGCUCUAUGAAAGCGUCGUGUGCGAACUGAGCGCCUUUGAGAUUCACCAGAAAUAUUAACUUAAGACACACUCUAAUAUCAAUCGUUGUAGGGGAGGGGAGGGAGGGGGAAUCAUUCAAUAUUUUUAGUGUCCUUUUGUCACUGAGGACUUGAAGGCGAGACCCUGUUUACAACAAAGAAAACCGAAGAUACCUAUAUACCUUAUAUAGAAUUUUUUAAGGACUGAACCAAUCAGUUUCAAAGACAAAUUGAACAAGGGACGUUCAUUUGAAAAACUAUUUCUUAAACAAAACGAAUUUCAAAAUUUUUUUGGUCUUUGACCUUCUUUGGCAGAAAAUAAUCGCUGAGCUAAAAGCGUACUCCCCUUUCAAGACUGAAAGGUAUGAAAAGCAAAUGCACACCUGGUCCCUUAGUGCGAGCUUACUGUGGGAUAAUUGUCCACAUGUAGUCUGAUAAUCACAUCGGGAGCCCUGACAAAAAAAAUUCAUAAUCGAUGGUUAAUCUUCUCUGUGCAUAAUCUAAAUAUAGAGAGUUUUGGUAGUUGUUUUGUCCUGCGGUUCCGAAAUAUUGUAAGUUGAAUAGGAAGUUUUCUUUUCUUAUGAUAAAUGAAGUGAAGAGCGCAAAAUAUGCGAAUCCCAACAAACGUUCGCAAAUAUUUAUCUGGGUAAUGCUAAACCCCAAAACACUAUGCAAAUAAAGUACAAAUUAGGACUGCGCAAAGGAAGGAAUUUUGACGGGCGACAGGACGUUUUCAAGAAUUCAUUUGUCAUUCUUUAAUUCCAGGGCAGCUGCUCUUUCCACAGGAACCGCAAGGAAAAUUAACAGGAAGAGGCUAACACAAGUGUCGAGUGGCCUUUUAAGAUGAAAUCUCGAAAUGCCGAGAAGCAAAAAAUAGCCAUCUAUGAGUCGUUGAUACUGUCAUCUGACUCUAAAAGAUAUUUUUGUUUAGAUUACUCAAGCUUUAAUUUGAUCUCGCAAGAAAAGGGAGUACAGAUAUAUUUGACACUCGGCAGAAACAAACAAAUUCGGAGCUCAACAAAUCGAACUCGCAGGAAUCGCCAAUUUUAAACCUGGGAUCAUUAGAAAUCUGUCAGUCAAGAUUUAAGAUCCCUUUACUCAGGAGAUUAUGCAGAUACUCUGCAAAGAAGCGUUUUUUGAAAAACAAUCAGUCCCCCGGGAAAAAAACCAUACGCCGAAGGAAUUUCCGGUACAAAACCACAGUGUAAUUUUGGCAUUGUCAUUGGCCGUUAUUGUCGCGCGCCGGAAAUCAGUAAUUUCCAGAGAUAACACUAUGAUUAAUUAAUUUUUCAUUCUUGUCGUAUUUAACAGCGUUUAUGUAAAGAGAGAAGGUUCGCUGAGCUUCUGUCACUAAAUACAGAAUUGUUUGCAGCUUUGAAAGCGCCUUUUGUGUCUUUUGUCAACAGAAUGCGAACCCACGCCGUAAUGUCGAGUGAUGCUCUUUGUUCCCAUUUCCGGCCGCCAAUAACAGAUAACGUCAUGUUUCCGUUUCCGGUUAAUUUCCGCAAGCUUGCGGUGAUACAGCGUCACGUGCAGGAAUUUUCGCUUAAACUCAUUUUAGUGAACAAGUUUAAACCAUUGCUUGUUUCUAGUAUGGACCAAUUCAAUAUUCCAACGCAGAUGGCUUUGUUUCACAGCCAAAGACAAGCCGACAGCGCUGAUUUUGCAACUUUGACCGAGGUGACAAAGUGGACAAUUUUCCCGCCGCGUAAUUUCCGGUUUGUGGUGAAGAGGUCACUGUGAGAUCAAAGCACCCCACAAUAGCCGUUGCUAAUUCCUGUCUCCUUUCAUUUUUGUAUCUUGUGGUUACAGCAUUUCGUGGGCGUAGAGCGGAAAUAUCAAGCACUACGAGCGUAGAGAGCCGGUAGCAUGUACUCCUCUAGAGAUAGUCAACAGACUUCUAUAAACUGCGCAGAGAACAGAUCCAGGUUAGAGGGUCUGCCACUCACUCACGAACCCCGCGUUUGGCCAUACAACCCACGAACAGAGAUGUACCCGUACCAAAUCGAUGCAAGUGAGCACAACAAAUCUAACUCCAGGUAAUUUUUUUUUACAUUUUAUUUUUGCCCGAAUGGUCCUAUGUUCAGAAGCCUACCUCAUCAUUAUUUCAAAUGGCUGUUUUAAAUUUAAUAUAUAUUUCCCCGCGAUUUAGGUCAUGUAUAAUACGUGCGUCCAUCGCGAAACUCAUUCGAAACCGUCAAAGCGAUUCUUAAAAAUAAUUGUUCAAAUGUCAGCUUUGUGGCCAAAUUUAGCCUCCAUGUCAGACCACUGCUUCCGCUCUACUGCUUUCUUGCGUUUUUGCGAAAUCCGUUCAACGAGCGUGGUCAUUUCCUAGGUUUGCGUUUUUGAUUCGAAAGGUUUAUGUUGUAUCUGUUAUUAUCACCGGUUUGAGGCUAGGAGAAGAACCGCUAGCACCGACGCUUUAAACAGUCACUUAAGAUCACUACUUCGAGAACGAGAUAAUCCAUUCGUCAGCGAAUCUACGCGAUCUUUCCAGGAACUUCCCUUUGUUACACACGACUUUCCUGGGCUAAAUUUCUUUAAAAAUCUUUUAAGGUAAGUUCACUGAGUAGGGCCGAUGUUUAACCAGACGACUUCUCUAUAAAAUCACUCUUGCAUUUCACCCAUAACUAAUUAUUUGUUCAUUUUAUUUUUAAACUGGCCGUGAUAAACCGAGAAAUCCGCUUUCAAAAAUAAGUCAAAUCCAAUAGAGAGAAUAUCUGCUUAGAAUUUAAAUCUGCUGUAGAGUGCGACUUUUUUGCUUUCAUUUCACUUUUGAAGGGCCAGGUUGUGUAUUGUUCGAAUAGUUUGACGUUGAAAUAUUUUGUUCGUCUUACUUCGUUCAUUAGCCGAUAUUAGUCAACUGGAAAAUUAUUUGAACCGAUUUUAAAUGAUUCUUCAGCAGACACCGAGCUACUCGCAGAAAAUCAAACCCAGGACCUUCCGUUGCAGAAAAAUUUGAUUGUUUAACAAUGUUUUAGCUUUCAGCUUGAAAGUACCGUUGCACCAUUUGCCUUUUUGAAAAUGAGUGAAAAAUAAUAAUAACAAAUACUGCAUGUUCCGAAAAAGUCAAGAGAGUGUCUAAGAGGAAGGGUCUACGAAUUUCCUGUUUGGAAAUACGUAAAGGUGUCCUAAAUUACAAUAUUGCGUUUUUCUGAUAUGGUUUUCCGGUUGUAAGAAAGAAAACAAAGAAGGAGAAAAUGACUAAGCUGCAACUUUUGUUUUGGCUGUAAGCAGGCAUUAUCCUAAGGUCUCAAAAGGGGAAGUUUUUGGGUUUUUCGUGGAAAUUAAAAUAUAUUUAUUGCAAUCGAAAUGACAUGUUUUCAAGUCCGUCAGACUUUUUACUGCUAAUUGCCGGGGUUUUUGUACGGACGAAAUAAAGAAAUUAACGAGCUGGAAAAGAAAUUGGAAAACCUUGUAAUGAGGCAAGGAAAGACGUAAAGAAUUUGAGGAAUGCUUAAAACGGGUGUGGGUUGGGUCGGGAGUGCACUUCGAAGUUUGAAAACAACAUGUAAUCUAUCAGGUAUCGAAUUUUCCUGACAGAAAUGGGCAAUAUGCUCUGAGAGUGAGACAUGUUAAUUACUGAUAAAAAGGUAUGCUAUCAAAAGCACCGGAAGACCCUUCAAGAAGCCUCUUACUGGAAAUUGAGAAUUCUUUUUAUCAAAGUUGAGCCUUUUCAAGUUUUCACUUUACAAAAAUUAAUAGAAAAUUGAGAUUAAAAAAACCUUUGAAUUAGACCUCAGUUGGCUUUGCUCGCUGUGUUUUCAACGCAGCGUACGGAAUUCGUUUUCGUUCAAAUCAAAAACAUUUGCAAAAUGAACUGCAUUUGAAGCUACAGAGUAUUUGAACCAAUAUUUUGCCUCUUUUAAACAGGAAAACUUGAAAGAUUUUCUCAUCAAACACAUCUACUUAAACUUAAAAAAAAUGACUGUGUUAAAAAUAGCAUAUACAGGUUUUGUAGUAAGAUUACUCAGAGGUCGCAACGAUUAGGUUUACUUCAAGCCGAGAGUGUUGUAGGAAUGCACAGAUCAGGCAGAGUUUGGAAUAUUAUCUCAUUUACACCUAUAAAUUAAAGCUUGCAGUUCAUAGGCACGUAAUGUUUUAACUUCCAUCUCACCCGUUACGCAAUGGGAACCACAAUAGGAACAAGCUUUUGUUUUUGCUAAUUUCUUAAUAACAUUAUCCUUUCCUGUAUCACCUUUGCAUUUCAUCACGUCUUGAAUAUUUUGAGCAUGGUUGCCCUCGAGUUCCAUGUUUGUUCAUGGGGUGCAAAACAAAAUAAAAUACUUACCUAUUUGCACGGUCAUUGUGGGAGUCGUGCCAAGUCACGUAUAAAAAAAAGUAUCCCUCUACUAGCAAUGCUUUUUGGAGACAAAAACUUAGUCUAAUCGCACAAUAUUUUUGUCGAUAUUCAAAGAUGAUUUUUAAUGCUCUCUCUCUGUAUUGUUCGUAGUGAGCUUUCCAAAGAAGCUUACACAUAACAUUUCUCAUUUAUUUGUGAGUGGAGUCCAGUAAACCUCUUAGCAUUAUAAGGAUAUUUUACGUCAGAAAAGCUUCAAUUACGUGACACAUUCCUGUUGAAACGGGCUUAAAGCGAUUUUGGUGCACAUUUGUUUUCUUCAUCAUUUGAAACAAGCCGGGGUUGAUAAACCAGCUGAUUGUCAAUAAGCGAGUUUGUGCGCUUGGAAGGAUCAUUUUUUCUCAACCUCUGACAGAAUGCCACUUCCGAGGUAUACUAGUUCGUAGUUCUACUCCUUUUAAGGGCCAAAAAUAUUACAUAGUUCCGUCCGUUUGGGGUAAUUCCGGAAUUCCGAGGUUGUUAAUGGUCAGUCUAUAAAUAUAUAUAUAUAUAUAUUUACAAAUAUUGCUUCAUGGGUUUAAAAUUGAUUUAUUUUUUGCCAAAUUUUAUCCAGAAAUUUCCCCAUGUUUUUCUGUGGGCGUUAUUGAGGUGUGACUGAAUGAAAAUAAGCGAAAGUAGUUCCUUCUCGCUCAAAACUCUUUGUCCAACAAAGAAAUCAAGAACUUAGGGUAUUUUUUUACUUGUAUAUCACACUGUAGAAGUAUGAGCUUUUAUGGAUGAAUUCCAGAAGAAGCCGUGACAACUUCCGAAAUAUUUGUAGGCACGAUUCGUGCAAAGAAUACAAACAAGCUCAACAGGAAAUGGGCAAUUGAACUCUUCCGAUUACAUCAAAUAACUUAUAAGCCGAACAUCACGCUAUUUCAUAGUUGUACGUGUCGUGGCAGAAGUAAGACCUCAGCGAGGAAUUCGAGAAGAUUUCCAGAGAAAUUCAUGGCUUGCGUUUUUCCUAGGUUGGAUCCAGCUUUAGCUUAUCCAGUUCCUUUAAGACCAAGUGUUUUUCAGCACGCACGAUUCAUCGAUAAAAUGCAACCCAGCAUGGCGAGAGUGAAGCAAGAAAAGUACGAGAUGGCGUUCCCGGAGGAACCUUUAAGCGAAGGUAGGUAAUAAGGGUCGAUAGUUAAGGACUGAACCGAAAAAAUCUUUUCGAAGCGAGUUUAAGUAUGAUGUUUACAGCAGUUAGAAUGAACGCAGGUUUUGUACUUUCGUUGUAAUCCCUAAAUCAACUUUUAACUCAGGAUACCAAAUAUCUCUUGUUCACAGUUAAUGCAAAAAUUUUAACUAAAGCGUUAAAAAAUCUUAAGGCGAUAGCAAUUAAUUCAGUUUCUCGGUUUUGCCUUUAGCCAAUAUAGUUCAUAAUUGUACAAUUCUACCACUCAGCAGGGAUUUUAAGCACUCUUCAUGUAGUUGUUAUUCAUCGAAUAUUUACAUGUUUCAUGACUGAUUGAGGACGAAAAUUUUGAUUCCCUUAAAUGUCGUAAGAAUGAAAAUUAAGACAGCCUAUCCAUGUACAAAAACCAAAAAAAACCAGCUAGUAUCACUAGGCUUAAAACACAGGAAACAACGGCGAUUGUAAGAAGAAUGAUUUAAGCAAAAUGGAACGUGACAGCAUUCAGGGAUUAUUCAAUUGUGUCGGUUGCCUUGUUAACGAAACAAUUGGUUGCAUCAAAGCUAACGUCAUGCUUAGACUGAGCCAUCUAUUUUCAUGAAUAUUAUUAUAAAUAGAAAUGAAUAAAACCAAAACGUCAACUGUUGCAACAGGGAAAUCGAAUGGUUCUUUAGCAUUUACGCAAUUCCGCAACGCAUUAAAAGUUCCGUAUCGAAAAUAGAUUUUUGUUGGUUGUAAUUAUCCCCUGAGUAUGACGAAAUACUUUAGAUAUAAUUUGGGCACGAGUGUUUUUUUUUCUGUCGUUGUUUUUUUUCCCCUAAUGUAUGAUUCUUGCUCAGUCGUAGAUAAUUGAAAAUUAAUUUUAUCAUUAUUAAGGGGCUGUAUGAAAACUGAGUCAUCGCGGGCUUUUAUAGUGCGUUUAUUGAGAUAGGUAAACUUGUUCAAUCCUCCGUUUGUAAUUUUCCAACUUACACAUUGGGUAAAAAUCCUUAGUGUGGUGUUCUUUCAUGUAUUUUGCCAAAGGUGACUUCUGUGACCUGAUGUGAAGCUACAACCGGUAUUCUUACAUGAACAGAGUUGGAUGUUACGAAAUAGAGCUUGUCUUAAUUGUCGCCUGUAAAUGUUGCUAAAGUCGGAGAUUUAAAAAAAGAUAGAUAUCCAGUGUUUCAGGGUCCUAUUUAAACCUCCUGUGUUGAACUAGAUGCUUCUGGUAUUGAUAUGAACAUGCUAGAAGAGAUUUGAAAUUCAUAGCAGAAUGGGUUUACAACGCUUCCGUCUCUUUUCGCUCAUUUUCUCACUCUUUCCCCACUUUUCUAUGUAUUUAACUCGUACAUGUCUAUUUACUUAUUAAUUUUUGUAUUCUAUCUUUUUUUCCUAUUCAUUUCUUUAUUUAGUCUUGAAUAUUUCAAUUUAAUGUUUAUCCUUUUGUUUUCUUUUUAUUUCAGUUGAUCCAAGAAGGUGGAGUCGCGAAGAUGUAACACGCUGGCUCCAAUGGACUUCUGAAAUGUUUCAUCUUGGAAGCAUUAAUCCCGAGCGAUUCCAAAUGAACGGUAAAGCUCUAUGUCUCAUGACAAUGGAUAUGUUUCUGUACAGAGUUCCCGAGGGAGGAAAUAUCUUGUAUCAAGACUUCCAGAGGAGACUUCGAAACGCUGUGGCUUUGCAGAAUUAACCGCGUACUACCUGCUAGAUCUGUGACUAAACGUGAUGUAAGACGGCUUUGGAUUGGAGUUUGGAACUAAGAUAAGCUGAGCAGAAUUUAGAUAAAGUGUAAACGGGUUGUCUAAAGAGGACAGAGACGAAAUGAAACCAGUACCUUGCAAGAAAAGCUAGUCAAGAACGUCGUUAAAAAAUAUCGCGCGAAAAGAUUGCAGUUUAUUUGUGUUUUUCUGCACAUCGAUGACUUUGGAACUUUCGUUGCCACUUAGAGUUUAGAUUGAGGACUGUUUUUUCGGAAUUGGUUGCUGUUUUUUCUUUCGGCUUCCUCAGGAAGUGGGAAGAACGAUAAUUAAUGCGAUAGGUAACGAUUUAAAGGAAAAAAAAAGAGCAUAAUAAUUAUUUUUGAGUAGGCUUGUUACUCGAGUUAAUAAAGCUAGUGUUAUUUGUAGGAGAAAGAAAGCUCAUAGCAAAUUAUUUGAAAUGAAUGAAAGUAUGAUUCGUUUCUUGUAAAUAGUUUACAAAGAUGCUUUAUUUUUAUGAAAUAUUCAAGACGUACAACUAAGUUUAUAUUUCAAGUCAUCACAGACGUAAUACAUUUUUACAGUCAUGUUUCUAUCAUGAAUCAAUAAACAUUUAACAAGAGAUUUAUUAUUCAUUGGAGUUUGUGCGGUGCAAUAUAUUCCACAUUCCUUGUCGAUAUAUUAUUUUGUAUUUUGUAAUGUCUGGAAAACCGACUUUGAACACAUAUUUCCGCAAAUACGCUCAUUUUAACGAGCUGAUGUUUCGGCUUUUUGUGAUGAGUUCCGUAAUGGCUUAAUGAAGUCUGAAAGAAAAAAACCGCCAACGACUCUCACUUUUCAUACUGCCCAAAUUCAUGCAAUGGC